AAACCAAGAGCCAGCAAAAGAAACCAGAGAGCCAGCAAAGGAAACCAGUGAGCCAGUGAAAGAAACUAAAGAGCCAGUGAAAGAAACCAGAGAGCCAGUGAAAGAAACCAGAGAGCCAGUGAAAGAAACCAGAGAGCCUGUUAAAGAAACUAAAGAGCCAACAAAAGAUACCAGAGAGACAACAAAAGAAACCAGAGAGCCAGUGAAAGAAACUAAAGAGCCAGUUAAAGAAACUAAAGAGCCAGUGAAAGAAACUAAAGAGCCAGUGAAAGAAACUAAAGAGCCAGUGAAAGAAAACAGAGAGCCAGUGAAAGAAACUAAAGAGCCAGUGAAAGAAACUAAAGAGCCAGUGAAAGAAACUAAAGAGCCAGUGAAAGAAACUAAAGAGCCAGUAAAAGAAACUAAAGAGCCAGUUAAAGAAACUAAAGAGCCAGUUAAAGAAACUAGAGUGCCAAUUAAAGAAACUAAACAGCCAGCGAAAGAAACCAGAGAGCCAGUUAAAGAAGCUAAAGAGCCAGUGAAAGAAACUAAAGAGCCAGUUAAAGAAGCUAAAGUGCCAGUUAAAGAAACUAAAGAGCCAGUUAAAGAAACAAAAGAGCCAGUUAAAGAAACUAAAGAGCCAGCGAAAGAAACUAAAGAGCAGGUGAAAGCAACAAGAGAGCCAGUGAAAGAUACCAGAGAGCCAGUGAAAGAAACCAGAGAGCCAGUGAAAGAAACCAGAGAGCCUGUUAAAGAAACUAAAGAGCCAACAAAAGAUACCAGAGAGACAACAAAAGAAACCAGAGAGCCAGUGAAAGAAACCAGAGAGCCAAUGAAAGAAACUAAAGAGCCAGUUAAAGAAACUAAAGAGCCAGUGAAAGAAACUAAAGAGCCAGUGAAAGAAACUAAAGAGCCAGUAAAAGAAAAUAAAGAGCCAGUGAAAGAUACCAGAGAGCCCGUUAAAGAAACUAAAGAUCCAGUAAAAGAAGCUAAAGAGCCAGUUAAAGAAACUAGAGUGCCAGUUAAAGAAACUAAACAGCCAGCGAAAGAAACCAGAGAGCCAGUUAAAGAAGCUAAAGAGCCAGUGAAAGAAACUAAAGAGCCAGUUAAAGAAGCUAAAGUGCCAGUUAAAGAAACUAAAGAGCCAGUUAAAGAAACAAAAGAGCCAGUUAAAGAAACUAAAGAGCCAGCGAAAGAAACUAAAGAGCAGGUGAAAGCAACAAGAGAGCCAGUGAAAGAUACCAGAGAGCCUGUUAAAGAAACUAAAGAGCCAAUGAAAGAAACUAAAGAGCCAGGAAACCCAGAGAAGGCCAUUGAGAAAUAUGACGAGAUACUGCGGAAACAUAUUUUAAGUCCACGCGCACACUUUGGCAAGGGUCUGACUUUAGACCAGCUUGGCUUCAAGUAUAUGAGUAACGAGAAUCUGGAACAUGCAAUAAAAUUCCUGGCUCGGGUGUUAGAGUUGCCUAAUGUGCCGGAUGAGCUUCAGAAACUUGCAGGGCGUAAACUGGCAGAUAGGCAACAGUUCAGAGGUUGGGGAAGUCAAGCUGUGAAAACUUUCAAAACGCUGGUCCAGAGGUUCCCCGAAGAUGUUGCUUUGAAGAAUGAGCUUGGUGUCAGCUAUCUGAUGAUUGGUCAGAAUGACAGGGCAAAGGAUGUAUUCAAAGAGGUACUGGUGAAAGACCCAAGCAAUGGGUUUGCAAAGGCUCAUUUGGGUUUUAUUCUGAAGACUCAUUACAAUGAUUUAGAAGGAGCUGUUCAGCUUCUGACUGAAGGGAUUGCAUCGGGGGUUUCUGGAACUGUUGACGGCCGCUUUUAUUUGCAGCUGGGGGAUUCUUUGCUUCGCCUGGGACGUGAAAGUGAGGCAAGAAAGGUCUUUCAGGAAGGUGCAGACAAAGGUCUGUUUCUAUCAGCUUGGCAGCGAUCCCUGUAUAAUGUUGACAGGCUGACCGCCCGACCUUGGUGGACAACGGAGCAGACACCUUAUCAAGAAUAUCUUCAGCUGUUAAAGGACAACUGGAAAGUCAUCCGUGAGGAAGGUCUUGCUCAGCUGAAUGCCAAAACAGGGUCUUUUCUUCCUGAGGAAGAAAAUCUGCGAGAUACGGGAGAUUGGAAACAGUUCACCUUAUAUCAGCAAGGUCGAAAGAAAACGGAAAACUGUGCCAAAGUUCCAGAAACAUGUAAAUUAAUAGACCAAAUUCCUGAUGCGAAAGGUUGCAAGCGAGGUCAAGUGAAGUUUUCAGUGAUGAGUCCAGGUAUCCAUGUCUGGCCUCACGUUGGUCCCACCAACUGCAGGAUUAGGGCUCACUUAGGUCUGGUUGUGCCAGAUGGGCCUAUUAUCAGAGUAAUGAAUGAGACAAGGACAUGGAAAGAGGGCGACUUCAUUAUCUUUGACGACUCCUUUGAACAUGAAGUUUGGCAUGAGGGUUCGGAGCUGCGACUUGUACUCAUCGUUGAUUUCUGGCACCCGGAGUUGACGGAGGCAGAGAAGCGACGGCUGUCUGCCAUUUAG